AUGGCAAUCAAUAACCGGCUGCAACUGCUCUUCAAUCACAAGAAAGCCGACAUAACUCAAGAUCCUGCAUCAAAUACCACUACCGAGAGUCCGGCUGAUCAGAAGACCGCGGAUGUAUAUGACAGGGAAGACGGUAUCGGCGAUAAGAAGAGCGAUGAAGCUGUUCCGACACAGGAUGCCCAAACAGGUAUCCAGAAGAUACAGGCUGCGACUUUAGUCUGGAGCCGAUGGUCACUUGCCGGCAUUUUAUUCUCUCUCUGGUUUGUUACUCUCGUCAAUGGUUUCCGCACUGCAAUUCAGGCCAGCUUGACCCCGUACGCUACUAGCGAGUUCCAGAGCCACUCACUCCUGACAGUGAUCAAUAUCGUCUCAGGAGCCAUGACGUCUGCGCUGUAUAUCCCUGUUGCUAAGUUGGUGGAUGUCUGGGGGCGUGCGGAGAGUUGGCUCUUGAUGGUGGGAUUCUCAACCUUGGGCAUGGUCAUGAUGGCAGCGUCAAAAAAUCUCGAAACAUAUUGCGCUGCAGAUGUGUUUUACUCCGUCGGCCUUGGUGGACUCAACUAUAUUCUCUGCGUUAUUGCCGCGGACGUGACGAGCUUAAGGAAUCGUGGUAUUGCAUUUGCCUUCACCUCGUCUCCAUGGAUGAUUACAGCCUUUGCCGGCUCCAAAGCCGCCGAGAAAUUUCUCAUUAACGUCAACUGGCGGUGGGGUUUCGGGGCCUUUGCCAUUAUAUUACCAAUAAUUGCCUCUCCGGUAUAUUUUAUUCUGAAAUUCAGCUUGAAGAAGGCCGAAAAGCAAGGUUUAAUCACACCUACAGCCCGCAGUGGCCGGACGCUGUCGCAGAACAUCCUGCAUUACUUCUUUGAAUUUGAUCUGCCCGGAGUGGUGCUCUUCGCAGUCGGCCUGACAGUGUUCCUCCUGCCAUUUACCCUGGCUUCCCGUGCUCCCAACGGCUGGGCAUCGGAUUAUAUCAUCGCCAUGAUCGUCGUUGGUUUCGUGGUUCUGGUCCUUUUUUUUCUCUAUGAACUAUAUCUCGCGCCCGUUCCCUUUAUCAAGCACAAGUUUCUGCGUGACCGCACCAUCAUCGGUACCUGUCUCCUUAAUGCGACCUAUCAAAUGGCCUACUACUGCUGGAACAGCUACUUCACCUCCUUCCUCCAGGUGGUGAGUAACCUUGGGGUAGCAGAGGCCGGAUAUGUGAAUAGUACAUUCCAGGUCGUCUCCGGGCUGCUUCUCUUUAUCGUUGGUUAUGCGAUCCGCAAGACGGGCUACUUCCGCUGGCUACUCUGGAUUGGAGUUCCCAUAUAUAUCCUCGCGCAGGGUCUGAUGAUCCAUUUCCGACAGCCGAACCAGUAUAUAGGAUACAUAGUCAUGUGUGAGAUUUUCAUCUCCAUCGGCGGCUCAACCUUUAUUCUCAUCGGCCAGUUGUCGGUUCUGGCUGCGGUGGACCACCAACACAUUGCGACGGCGCUCUCCGUGCUUUUCAUCUUUGGCGGCAUCGGAGGAUCCAUCGGUAACGCCAUUUCCGGCGCCAUCUGGACAAAUACCUUUCUUCCUGCCUUACAACGCAAACUCCCCGCAUCAGCCCAGGGAGAUAUUUUAACCAUCUACUCCAGUCUCCCCGCGCAGCUGGCCUAUCCGAAAGACACCCCGGAGCGGAUCGCCAUCCAGGAAUCCUAUGGCUAUGCGCAGACUAGAAUGCUGGCGGCCGGGACCGGGUUGAUGGUGCUGUGUUUUGCAUGGGUAGCGAUGAUCCGCAAUUACAACGUGAAGAAGAUGACACAAACCAAGGGUGUUGUCUUCUAA